UCAGUUAAAAGAGUUAUUCUUUGGCUUACCGUUUUAUGCGCUUGUGGAAAAGCCAGUGGCCAGAGGUUUGGUAAGUGAGCGAAUCUACGUACUCUUUCAAUAAGCUUCCUUUAAUUCAACUGGAUGGACUAUUACAGCGGGUAUUUCUCUACCAAACCGAGCUACGAUGACUUAGUUUCUUUAGGCAUGCUCAAAACGAAACUGGAAAUCUAAUUAUUAUAGGAAUUAUUUUAAAUAAGUGUGUAAUAACUUUUCUUUUAAGGGGAAGUUGUUUUGACAAUCAUGACGAAUAAGGCUAAAGUGGAUCGUCCUUAUAGUAACCACACUUCAGUUAAGCUUAUAAGCCUACAACUUUGUUUGUCUUUUGGCAACAUAGAGAUGAAAAUUGAAUUUGCAUGUAUGGUUUUGCCUUAAAACUUAUACCUUUGAUCAUGUUAUUGAUGCGCGGACUGUAUAUGCAAAUUUAUAAUGCGAGGGUUCGUGUUUGAAAGCACUCAUGAUAUUUUCCCAGUGUUCGGUGGGAGGUAGUUCAUUUAAUAUCGUUUACGAAAGACUAAACCUCGCGCUAGUCAAAGAAUAGUUUGUCAAUGGUACUUAAAAAAUACUAGAGAGAUCUCAGUUAAUCUAAUUUAUGUGGGAAAAUGUUCACAGGGGCACCCAACGAGAAUACAAAACCACUCAAACAUUGCAUUGUUAAACGUAUUUUUUUAUUUACAUGUAAAAGGUAGAUAUAGGCAUAUUUUUAUCCCCUAAAAAUUUUUCAUCUGUUCGGAUUUCCUAGCUGAAAGCUAGGAAAGCUUUUUUCAGCCAGAAAAAAGGCUUCCGAAAAUUUUAGGCGACCUUUUUAGGUUAAAAAUCCGUUAAAAAUGGGCAAUAAUACCAUUUUUUAGGUGUUCGAAAAUCCUAGGAGAGGCAGGCAAGCAAGAAAUUUUACAACAAAUGUUCCGAAAAUUCUAGAUCUCAAAUCGUCUUCCGAACAGAUAUUUUCCGAAAAUCGACGUCGGGUGCCCCUGAUUAAAUAAGCGAAAAAGACGCCAGUUUGGCGAAGCACGGAGUUUUAUAACAGCAGACAGAAUUUACUAGAAGGUUGACGUUUUUAUAUUUGCUCGCCACGAACCAUGAUCUAAAGAGUAACUUAAUAUAUUACAAAAGUAGGUUGAGUUUGAUCGUCCGUGUGAACGUAGUCUUGAAUAGGACUGUUGUUGUUGACAGUGACUGACGUUUCGACAACCUGUGCGGUAGUCAUCUUCAGACUCAAAGUGAGUUGUAUCACGUCAGUAGAUGGUAUUAUACUCUGGUGAUAUUACGUAAUACGCAAUAUGAGUAAUUUUCAAUACGCUGUUUUUUAGACUAGACUUCUGAAACCAAGCUUAAGGCUUUGUCUUUCCAAUUUAUGAAUUUUGGCUAAAAGAGACAAAACGCUGCCUUGAUACAUGUUAUAAUAUAAGUUGUCUUGCCAACAAAACAACAUCCAUUGUUAAUUUGAGUGCAUGUUAUGAAGUACCAUUAAAUCUUGUGCCCCGAAAGCUCUUAAGGAGGUUUUUCUGACUUUUAACGAAUUUGAAUUGUGAUGACGGGAAAGAACAAUACUUGGAUUUAAUGAUCGGCGUAUGUAUAGCCUCCAAAGUAGGCGUAUUUUGCAGCGGGAUCGGGGAAAAUGCUACCCUUUCAUCUUGGACAAACGGAGAGCAACAAACAAACGGAGAGUUGGGCGAGUCAAAAAUUGAUUCAAGCUGCUAUAUCAUGACAACUGAUGAAAAGGGAACGCAAAGUCAAAUUGUUUGUAAACAGCACAGAUCACAUCAAAAUUUGGGCGUGGUGUUCGUUGCUUAUUGGACAACUGAUACCAUUAGUGAUCUGUGAGUUAUAUGCCGUGUGAGACCGUGUGAAAGCUGAGCCCGCGCUGAGCGGUGCGUUUCCGUGAUCCUGUACCAGGUAUUCACACGUGAUGUGUGCAUUCAAAAGGAAGCUUAAUCUCGCAGUAAAUCCGGACAUCUCAGCUCCAUAAUAUGGUCUAGUCUCGUGUUUUCUAAAAUUUAAUGAGGAGUUUUCUAUAGUAGUUUUAAACAUCGUGCUUACCAUCUCGUACCGGUUUGGUACUCCCCCACAAAGUUGCCGCAAACUCACAAAGUUCUUUCACCGCAGUAUUAACCACUUCCACCUCUUAGUUAGACUUCCUGUAGUCCGGAAUACGGAGCUAUACUUGCUACAUUGCAAUUAGCGCUUAGAGCUUAAUGUCUAAAACCAAAACCAAAGUAAUAACGAUUAGAACAAACGAAAAAUGUUGCCAAUGAGAACGAAGUAAACGGUAACCGGCCUAUGGCGGGAAUACGCGAGUAACCAAGUCGCGAGGGGUUUUGUAUCUGAUUGGCUUAGAAGGAAAGUUUUCUAGUCACAAAAGCAAAACCAAUGCAAUCCCGGAUUACUUUCGACACUCAAUUGAAAAUUACUCUAAUGUCUUGGUUAACGAUAAAAAUGUUGCCCGGAACUGACGGACUAUGGCAAUGCGUGUAACGGGGGGAGAGAAGGGAAAGUGUCACAAAAGCAAGCCAUGUACUUGAAUGACUUGAACAAUGCAAUGUGUGAAAGCCCAGAUACAUGUAGAACAAUCACCCCGGUUUAGAGGAUGAGUGUUUUUCGUCCCAGCAAGAUUGACGUGAUGUGAGAGAAACUUGAUAUAAUGUUUUCUCAGUUACAACGAACCAGCAGCUCAGUUGAAAGAUCAUCACCUUUUUUUAAAACCCUUCACCCCUGAUAAAUCAGGUUUCAUUGAACUUUGGUGUGUUUUAUAAGUUAUUCGAGCCAGCUGGGAUUUUUCUUUGACAAGUAGGAGUAAAUGAAUGGUGAAUUAUAUUUUUCCGCUUCGUUGAAUGCAACAAUACCGAAGUUCAUUGUACAAACGUCCAAUGAUAGAAUGGCUUUUAAAUUCUCACUACACAUAAUAAACCAAUGUUUUGCUUUAGCUCAGAACUCAUUAACACAAGGCUUGAAUGAGGUUGUUUAACAUUUGUUUUUAAUCUUUUAUAUUUCUUUUCGAUCAUCGUGAUGUUUUAACAAAGGACAGUUGUUUUGGCAAAAUGUGAUAUCAUUGCCAUUAACAAUAUUUGACUUAUGAAUUAAAACUCGUCACGAGUUAGUACGAACAAAUCAUUUCUUUUUUUAAAGGAAUAACGGCAAAAACAAUUAACUGACUUUUAAAAUCAAGCCGUGAACUAAAAAUAUUAAGAACGAAAAAAGAUGUUUACUCAUUAAACUCAAUAGCUUGUGGUCUAUCUCUUUUUGUAGGCAACAAAAUAAGGAAUGAAUUUAAUUGACUGAUCUAAGGAAAAGUGUCUUUAACAAAGACCGUCUAAUAGUAUUUUCACUUGCUAUUUUAUUGUUUUUCAUAAACUGAUUCGUUGCAUGGACGAGUGCUUUUCUUGGGCAAUAUAACCGUGUUUUCAUUAGUUGGUGAUCCUGUUUUCGAUAACUUUACUGUAAAAAAUGCAAUGUCACGGUUGCCUUUUUCGCUGUUCCGUUAACAGGCAAUAGGCCUUCGUACUGAAUUGGAGAUGAAGUGUCGUUGAAGACUGAACUUGAAUCUUGGUAGUGUUUUCUCGCUUUUUCUCCACACAAUAUUACUGACAUUGUUUUCAAUGACAUGAAAAGCAUACUUGCAGCCCUUUCUAUUUUAUCUGAUAUUAGGGGCUAUGUACGAAAUAUUUCUAAAUAACUAGAGAUAGAUAUGUCUGAUGUAUCGAAACGUUUUUAGUCUACAGUUAUUUUACGUUAUGCACAAAACACAGCUGGACAAAUUGGUAGUCGCUAAAGAAAAGUUCUGCAAUGAUGCGUUGUUGGUAGAGAGAGUAAAAAAAUUGGUUUUAUCAACUGAGUUCAGUUAUAAAGUAAAUACGCCACAGUAAAGACAUUUAAGACGAUGCUUCGAGAAUUUUUAUGACUGAAGGGGUCGGUUUAAAAAGAAACCUUGAGAUGCAGUGUCAGUACGUGAUGAAGUGAAGAUCUCAUUUGUAUGAAGAGCCAGCCCUACUGAAAAAAAGUGACUUUAUGGUUUUCACUGUGGCCCGCAAUAAGGACAGACUAAAACAAAUACUUGAAUUAUAUAGAAAACAAGGUUAAGUACUCCAACUGGCCGAAGGCAAACCAGUUGGCUAUUUUACAGGCAUGACUGAGGAGUUUCUGAACCCGAGACUACCGAGAACAAAUCCUGCUAGUGAUCAGCAAGGGACCGCUUAAACUCCGGGUCUCCAGAUUACAAUUACAGCACUCUAACCACUCGAUCACGAUACCUCCUCGUCAGCUUUUCAAUCCGUUUUGCCCGCGGGCUGAAUUGACUUGAUAAAACUGAACCAAGGUUUUGUCUUUUUUUGCGAAGUGUAACAAGGUGCGUUUAACUUUUAUUAAAAAGAAUUAGAAUUCUCGUACAUUUUCACAUUUCACAUUUUCUUCUUUGUAUCUUGAAGAAACACUCGAGCUGAAGCACGUUUCUGGCUCGAUAUUAGCUUGCGAUUUUCAACUUCCAGCGUCGGAAUUUGUCGUUAUCCCCUCAGUCAAGGACCUAUUGCUCAAUAGUUGCGUACCCACCCCGUCUACGCGUAUCCAGAUCUUUGUGAAAACCGAAAUUUUUUUGUUUCCGUUUUAGCCUUCCGUCUACCCGUAAACGGUGUUUUCGGUCACCAAAAACGCCAGCCUCUCGUUUUCGCGUGGACGGAGGAAAAUGGAGGUUUUUGAAAACGAUGAUGUCAUACAUCACACUGCUCAUAUCCUGUGAGGACGGAAAUGCUAUCGUAUUUCCAUUGUUUUAGCGUUUUAGUGUGAAAGGCUAGACGGGCGAAAGACAUUCGAAUACGCUACGUGUGGACGCGUUUUGCGGUUUUCGAAAUACGGAGAAUAAAAUCUUCGUUUUCAAAAGUGUCCGAAAUCACAAUUUUUUUUGCAGCAAUAUGGUAUACUCUCACGUUACCCCACUGAAAUACUUUAACAAUACUAAUGAACGUCAAGUUUUCUCAGAAUGAAGAAGUUAAGACCAUUAACUUCCCACGCUUUAAGUAAUAAAAUGUUAAUACCAGGCAUAGUUUUUAUUUUUCUUGAAAGCGUUCAUCAAGCUCAAUAUAUGUGGUUUAAAAAAAAAAACAUGAAGGUUUGGUAUUACAACUUACAGGAGUUGAACUGGUUUGUAAUUUUUCUCGUUAUUCCGUUGUCAUCAGUAUGGAUUUACUAUUCUUUCUCUAUGGGUCUUCAGUGGUGAUCAGAAAUGCUAACUCCAAGAGCCCAUGAACUACAAUGUGCGUCUUCUCUUACGUUUAUUUGGAACCUCUUACGUAUAUUGCAAAAAACAAUUAGACUAGAGAUAAUGCAUUCAUUUCAUGAGUAGAUUUCUAUGUCAUCGCCAUGUUGAGCUCGUAUUUUUUAUCUCAGUUUCUCAGUCGAGCUGUUUGACCCAGUCUCACUUAAAGCUAAACGCUUGACGCGCGUGCGUUGUAAAGCACAGGCGCCCUACUUAACGCGCGUGUUUCAUCGAGAUAAUUAAACGCCGUUACAUCAAUAGUAGAAACGCGCGAAGGUUUAAAACAAGAAAUAGAAAUUUGCUUCUCGUUUACUUUUUACUAGUUAGUAAGUUACUGGAAAAUUUUAGGAACACUCGAAAUAUACAGGAAGUACUCAACAGCUUUAACUUCCUUAACCUUAACUUUCGCAAGGUAAUCGUCUUUUUACGUGCUCUUUAAAAGUUCCUAUACUGCUUGUAUUACUCAACAAUUUACUUGGCAUAUUGUCUUACUAUGAUAUACCGACUGUGAGCGUGCUGGUAUGUAAAGCUGUUGUCGUAUAUUUUCUCUUUUCUGCUUAGUAUGUUCAAGAGCGCUGGACAUUGCAAUUGCCGUAGACGUUUCAGGAAGCUUGAUCGACAAUUUCACUCAGAUCCAAACGUUUCUCAACGAAUUGGUGGGAGAAUUCACUAUCAGAAACAAUGCUGCGCAAAUAGUGGUAUUUGGUUUUGAUCAAGAGCCUCGCUUGACGAAUGUCAAUAGCUUUGACCAGGCUGGAGCCCAGUCUCUCGUAGGUGUCAGGGACCAAAUAAGCAAUAUAAAUCUGACUCUUGGAGCGACUUUAAUAACGGUGGCAAUAGCAGAAGCUUCAAGACUUUUUAAUGAGUCGACUGUCCGUAAUAACGCAGAGCGUGUGGCCGUGUUUGUGACAGAUGGGGUAAAUCAAGGUGGUAGCAGGUUGAUAACCCAACCAGCAGCGGAUUUGAGAGCGGUAAGUAGAAUAACAUACACUUCUAAGACUGGCCAAAACUGGGAAUAAAAUAGCAUCCCUGCUACGGAUUGGGUCAAUUUUAUUCCCAGAGCCCUUCCUAAUGAGAUCCAGGGAAACACUGCAACCGAGAAUGGGAUUGGCUUCUUAUCAGGGACGCAUUCUAGAUAUGAUGCGCAUUGGAACAUUUUUAUGGAAAAUUGCACACCAUAAAUGUAAAUUAUUAUUAUUUAAUUAUUAUUAUGAUCCUUUUUGUGGCGUCAACAGGCGUCAACAUCAGAAGCUGGAUAUAAUAAGACCUCUAACUGUAUCAUCAAUUUCUCGUAGUAUUAAAAAAGGGCUCAAUUUACUACUUUAAUAACGAGAAGAGAACUAGCCUGUGCCAGGCUCUCAGAUAGUAUAGUGGGGACGUAUUAAACGAGCAAAGCGAAAAUAAGACGCGCGCGACUCUCUCCCCAGCCCCCGCGCGUUGUCUUAUUUUCGAACGACGACUUUUCACUAUCUCGGAGCCUGGAACAGGCUAGAAGAGAACCUGAGGCGAAAUACGUUCCGCAAUUGUUUCUGGGAUUGUUACUGGGAACGCGCAGGUCAGCCAUUGGCCAAUUUUUUCUCGGUUUCCUUAGUGACAGCCCCAGAAGUCGUAGCGAAAGUUAACUCGUCCCAGUCUCGUUCUCGUUUCUAAAGUGACGAAUGCGGUGGAAGCAUUUGCGUUGCACGGUUGAUGUUUCGGUUUUUGCCAACGACUAAUUCAUUUCUAUUACAUUGAAUUUAAAUAGUAAUCAAUUGUUUCAUUAGUUCAAAAUUAAUUUCAUUCGUUGAAAAACACAUUUUAAGGUUUAAUUAAGGCCAAGAACCAUUUUCCGGGGCACGAGGAAGGCUGACGUUGGAUCGAUCAGCCUCCAGAUACGAGACAUUUAACUAUUUUCAAGCAAUUAAGUGUUAACGGUUAACUUUCUUUAUUUAUGAAAAUUUUUAUGACACUUUAUGUCAUUCACUUUUUCUUUACGAUUUUUCAGAACUUCAACACUAGAGUUAUCGGUCUAGGAGUUAGUCCUUCUGGAGACAUAAACGACAUAAACAUACCGGCCUUUGAUUUGCUAACUGGAAACCGUAAAAACCUCCUGAUCCUGGAAUUUGAGAGGAGAAGGUGUCCAACUGGUGGUGGUGGUGGUGGUGAUAGUGAGGAUGACGAAGAUGAUGACGAUGAGAGUGGUGAAGAUUCUGACAGUGACGACGGAGGUGGCGCUGCAUGUGAAGAUGAGCUGUCAAGAGCUGCUAAAUUGAUUUGCGGUAAUUAAGCCUGGCAAGCUGACAAAGAGUUUUUACCAGAAAAUUUAUUUAGUUGGCGAAUUUUAACAUAAUCUAAGUGCACUUCUUAGAAGUAGGGACAAAAUCAAAGGAAUUACUAUUAAACUGAGAAUGUAUUCAUUAGAUUAUGACUAAGAUUACGUCCAUCAUCCGGAACGAACAAGUUAUUCUCCAAAGUACAAGUUUGCUCACAAAUGUUUUCGUCCUUCGGCAUUAAAAGGAAAAGAAAAUUAAGUAAAUUACUUUUUUUCAAGACCGUCCAAACACCUUCGGAAGUAUUUACUUCGGCAAGUUUAGGUGCCCGCUUCACAAUGUUUGCUAGAAUUUUCCUUAAAAAAAGUGGUCUGCUUUAAAUGAAGAGCCAGUUAUGUUUACUUAAUUCUAGAGCAAUUUUCAAUUGAGUGUUGAAAGUAAUCCAGGAUUGAAUUGGUUUUGCUUUACUGUGCUGUUUGAUUGGUCUAGAAAACUCGCGCCACCCUCUCAGCCAAUCAGAUGUAAACUAAAACCAAUCGCUCCUUGGUCAGUCGCGUAUUCCCGCACCACAGGCCGGUUACACACGUUUACUUCGAGUUGCCAUUGGCUCCCUCUGAUAAUUUCCUUUACUCUGAUUGCUCGUUGUGAUUACUUUGGUUUUGGUUUUCGACACUCAAUUGAAAAGCGCUCCAUAAGCAAGUUAAACUCAUCAUUAGUUUUAGAUGGGAAUGUAGUGUUCUAGUCUGCCAUUCUCCUGACAUGCAGUUCUUCUCAAAUCAGCACGCUAACACUCCAGGUCGUCUAUCGACUGACUAAACUGUGUCAGAGCUCGUAAGAAAUUCAACCUUUUACAGCCAAUUUGUUACAGAUUUGUUUUCCAACGAAAUUUCCUGUGUUCGAAGUCCAAUAUGGCACUUUGCAAUACAUUACCUGCACGACAGCUGAUAUCCUACAUUGAAGCACCAAUUAAGGUCCUUGCUUACAGGCUUUUCAGGUUCUCUGUAGUUGACCAUGUGGUGUACUAACAUGUAGUUCAUACCAACUAUGCUGAUCUCUUCCGACAUUUCUUGAAAUCCUACUCUGAUAUGAUUGGCCGAAGGUAACAUUAUGACCCAGGCCUUACGUGACAGGUGGACCCCCGGUGUGAUCAACUUCCUAACUCAUGCUAACCAGUCAAAAUCAAGGCCGAAAAACCUUUCUUAAGUGCGUAGGUUGCUUAGUUACCGCUUGAAAACAAAUCUGGACGAGAUAAACUAGUCCAAUGACUUAUAUUUAGAUGUGUCUUCUUAAGAAUUUGACAACCUGUUUACCACUAUUAAUUUAUAAACUAGAAAGCGCCGAAGGAUGCAUAGAACCCGAGGGCUACUCAACAAAAUUUUAUACGAGAAAGCUCAGCCCCGAAGUCCAACCCCUUACCCUUUUAUACACCAUUUUUGCUAGAAAAGGUAUCGCCAUCGUAUACCUUCUCAGAUUGACAAAUGAUACCCCUUUAACAUACCUAGUUCAUAACUUUGAAUCUCUUUUAGCUGCUGUAAAUGCCCUGACUUUAAUUUAAGAAUAAAUCUCAAAACCACAACGUUUUCUCGACUUUUUCGCAGCCAUAAAUGCGCCUGUUAGCCUUUUUGGUCCUUUUUCAACACGUAAAUGACAGAUUUGCCUACCCUUUCAUAUACCUGAAGCCUCUAAAAGGUAUCCCUUUUGGGCGGAGCCUUCCUGUGUACGCCAUUAUAGGGAGUAGCUGUACAGCGCCCGAAAUGAUCCCUAACCCUGAAAUGGGGAUCAUUUCGGGGUGCAAUUGGGGAUCAUUUAAGGGUUGGGGAUCAUUCCGGGGUCGGGAUCAUUUCAGGGGCUGUACAGUUACCCCGUACUAAAGUUUACAAUACAACAAUCCAAAUCAUAAGCUGCAGGAUCAUAAUGAAAUAGGAACUUAGCUUUUUGUUAACUUAUUACUGAUAUGGACAAAAGUAAUUGGUAACAGGACUUCGGUGUUCUCUUGGCCACUCUACUGUCCCAUUACCAGUCUGGUACUUGUAAAUAAGUCGCCUGGAGACGACACUGCAUGUUACUAAAAUUUAUCGAAUCUUGACUGCCGCAAAAAAAGGCCUCUUUUUAGCCAAAUUUGUUUCUGCGGACUGAAAAUAUACUCCAGGGCCAUUAUUUAUCCCUUAAAUAAAAUAAAGGUCAAUUUUAUUUUAGUUUAGUUAUUAUUUAUCUCCAUUCCUGACUUCCGCUGUUUCUCUUUAUCAGUGUUUAUAGCGCUUCAUUGUUAGUUUUUGCACCCGUGCGUCACUUUAGCAAAGGGUUGCCACUUUUCCAAGCAAUAUCUUUUCAGUGUAAUUUUUAUUUUGCUAUUAUACAACCCAAGAACACUUUGGAAAUAGCCUGCGAACGCAGCCGUUUUCUGGUUGUUGCUUCUCUCCACCCGAAAAGUUGCGCCACCCUCCCCUCGGCGAGUGAAACAAAAGACGAAAAGGUGUCUGUUAAAGCAGGCUACUUUGCAAAUCGAAAGGGAAAAAACUUGUUCCCAGUUUUAGAGUCCAAAUUUACACAAGAGGUCCACAUAUGCUAGCGAUGUUGGUCCAAGGAGGUCCAUUUAUGC